AGCCCGCGGCCGCUGUCGCCGCCGCCGCCGCAGCCCCCCUCGCUCCCUCACUCCGCUCCGGACGGCGGACGGGCCGCGCGCACACGCCGCGGGCUCCUGGGCGUCGGGGGCCACCGGCGGGGCUUUGUCAGAGCCGGGGGCCGCCUGAAAGGUGGCAUCGGGGAGCCUCUCUUUCAGGGGCUGGGGCCUGUCUCACCUGAGUUUCCUGGUACAACACUUAGAGCCCUAUCUUCACAAAGUGUGGCUACCUGAGCACUAUGAAUGUCAAUGAUCUCACUCUCAGAUUGUCCCAAGCUGGGCAGGAGCACCUUCUGCAGUUCUGGAAUGAACUGGACGAAGCCCAGCAGGGAGAACUCUAUGCAGAGCUCCAGGCCAUGAACUUUGGGGAGCUGAAUUCUUUUUUCCAAAAGGCCAUUGAAGGAUUUAACCAGUCUUCUCAGCAAGAGAAGGUAGAUGCACGGAUGGAACCUGUCCCCCGUGAGGUGUUGGGCAGUGCCACCCGGGAUCAAGACCAACUCCAGGCGUGGGAGAGUGAAGGACUUUGCCAGAUUUCUCAGAACAAAGUGGCAGUUCUUCUUCUAGCUGGUGGACAGGGGACAAGACUCGGUGUUGCAUAUCCUAAGGGGAUGUAUGAUGUUGGUUUGCCGUCCCAUAAGACACUUUUCCAGAUUCAGGCAGAGCGGAUCUUGAAAUUGCAACAACUUGCAGAAAAAUAUCAUGGCAGAAAGUGCAUCAUUCCAUGGUAUAUAAUGACCAGUGGUAGAACAAUGGAAUCUACAAAGGAAUUUUUCACAAAGCAUAAGUACUUUGGUUUAAGAAAAGAGAAUGUAAUCUUUUUUCAGCAAGGAAUGCUCCCUGCUAUGAGUUUUGAUGGGAAAAUUAUUUUGGAAGAGAAGAACAAGCUUUCUAUGGCUCCAGAUGGGAACGGUGGUCUCUAUCGGGCCCUGGCAGCCUAUGGGAUUGUGGAGGAUAUGGAGCAGAGGGGCAUCUGGAGCAUCCAUGUCUACUGUGUGGACAACAUCCUGGUCAAGGUAGCAGACCCCCGCUUCAUUGGUUUCUGCAUUCAGAAAGGAGCUGACUGCGGAGCAAAGGUACUGCCAUAGCUAGGCACAUUCCAGGGGCC